AUGCCGAGAACGCAAAAAACAAACAAGCUAGUGAGCACAGGAAGAAAAUUUCACACCUCAAAAAUGUAGACUCGAAAUUAGCAAAUCACAUCUUGGACGAGAUUAUUGAGAGGUACAAAGUUGUUCUUAGUAAUUUUAUAUUUUUGUGUCGGGCAUGUUUGUCUGUUUUUGUAAGCUGUUUUCUUGGAAAUAAUAAUAUUGAUUAUAAAUAUUGAAAUUCUCUGAAACACUCCAUUUGUAUUUGGUUUUGUCUUUUAGUGGGGUACCAGUUCACUUUGAUGACAUAGGUAGGUUUCAUAUAAUAAUCAUGGCUACAGUACAAAGACAUGAGGUAGCAUUGCAGUAUGUUUAGGGAGCUGGACUCACAAUAUGCAGUCAUGGGUUUAAGAUCAGAGCACACUAGCUGACAUGUCAGUGCAACACAUAAUGAUGACAAAUCACUGCCCCAGUUUGCGGUGACAUGUCACAGCAACAAGUUGCUUCAUGUAUACUGGAAAAUUUUUGUGAAAAUCUUGGUCUCCAUGAUAGCAUUUUGUCCCUGCAACACGUUGCAUAAAAUCAAAUCAGUCUGAAUUGGUGAGACAUGUAAUGUAAUGCUUGAAGUGUUAAGGCACAUUCUGAAACUAAACUGGAUUUUUUUGUUUUAUAUGUUCUGUUUCUCCCUUUUGUUACAGCUGGGGCAGAUGGGGCAAAGAAACUUCUACGAGAAAUUGUGAUCCUGCCAUAUUUGAGGCCUGAGGUAUUUCUUGUAGUUCAAUGAAAUAUUGACAGUACAUGUAGAAUUAGAGUACUGGCAGCCUGGGAGGCAGCCAGUUGACAUCACCAUUAAACAGAAAUAAAUUAAAGGCCAGCAAGAUACUGAAGCACAAAUGGAAAAAGAACGAAAGAGAAGAGGAAAAACCCUAUUACUAUGCUAUCAAGGAAGAAGGGAAUAUAAAAAUAAUAAUAUAAGAAGAGCACACAAGAGCUACGAAAACUAAUAACAAAUUAUAAUUAUAUUAAACUAUAGAAGAAAAUGUAUUUAAAGGCUUAAUUAGAAAGGCGACAGAAUUUAACAAAAGACUAAUUUACCAGAUAAUUAUGGGAAACGACACAACUGCUAAUAAGAAUACGUGCAAAUAACCCCGGGGGGACUCCCAUAUGAAACAGACGGGGAUGCUCGUCGAAAAUUUUGAAUUUAACCCCUAAAGGAGACCAUCUGGGCGUGGCUCAAGCUUUUUGUGACCCCUAACUGAGACUAAUCUGGGCGUGGCUUAAGCGAAUUUUGACCCCUAAAAGAGACCGCUUAAAAACACACAAAUACAACAUGCAAUGAGUUUUAAUGAUAUAAAGACAUAAUCAUCGAAUGCUUUUAUCUAAAAGUAGUUUUUAAAAGUAUUGUCAUAAAUCUCAAGUUCUUCGCGAAACCCUAAACGAGACCUUAGCGGCUUAAAAUAUUGGCACUUUGCCCGGAACACCGUAAGCGAGACCAAAAUCCAAAAUUUACACCCCUAGGCGAGACGACCAUCAUUCCCGUCUGUUUCAUAUGGGAGUUCCCCCCACCGGGCAAAUAACUAACAAUCUUUGACAAGAUGGCUUUUAACUGAUUUGGAAGGAAAGAGAGAAGGUUUUAGAAUUUUCACCAUUACAGUUUCAUACUUUGGGGCCCUUGAAUGUUGAAUAUUCCAAUGUUUUCUUGUAGCCUUAUUCUCACUUAUUAACUUGAUCUUGUAUGAGUAAUUUCAAAGUGCCCUCAAUGUUUGUACUAUGGUCUAGUAUAGUGUGGUUUUUAUCUGCUGUAUACACUUCAGUUUAUAUUCUCUUAUACCAGUGUACAUGUAUGUUUACUAUCAUGCCAAAUCUUGUUCAAUAGCCACUAUCUGAUAUAUUUGAUAUGUUUGUUUAUAUUACAGAACUAAGGAAGGCAAAUUAUGUUCCAAGCAAUAAAGUUAAAUCAUAGCUUACAUUGUAUUAUGCGCCAUUUGUGCAAAAUUAUUAACAGACAGUAGAAUUAACUAUGUUAGGAAAAUUUAGUACAUUCCUUUGUUCCUGUGACAGAGAAAUAAUUAACGGUUAAUGCAUCCUUCUGUUUCCAAACAGCUUUUUACUGGUCUUAGAGCUCCUGCACGUGGGUUACUAAUGUUUGGUCCUCCAGGAAAUGGCAAAACUAUGCUGGUAAGAAAGCUUCAUAAUAAUAGUAUUUUAGUUAUGUUAUUAUGGUAAAACUACGUUGGUAAGAAAACUAAUUACAUGUAUUAUGUAAUUAUCAUGCUAAAACUAAAAAAGCUACCCUCAUAUAUAACUUCAUAGAAGUAUCGUAGUAAUUAGAAGCCUACCCAUAUAUCGUAACUGGCAAAAUUACUGGCAAAACUGUUUUGGUAAGAUGGUUAUUACUUAAUAUGCUUAUGUGUGUAACUGUAGCAAAACUGUAUUUACAACUGUAUAUUGGUUAGAAAUUACCGGUUUGUCAUGUACUUGUUGUGCUAGAGGUGUCUUAAGUUUUGUUUGGUUUCUCACAACAAUAAGAUACUCUCGCUGCGCUCUCUGUUAUGUUUCAUUCUUGUUGCUUGUAGAAAACCUUUUUUUAGUAUGGCUUUCUGUUUUUAGGCAAAAGCUGUUGCAAGUGAAUCGAAAGCAACAUUCUUCAAUAUAAGUGCAUCCUCGCUGACCUCAAAAUGGGUAAAAGUUUUGAUUUAAUUAAUUCAUUUUACUGUGAAAGUAGGGCUGUGGCUAGAAAAAGGAGAGAAUACUAGAAACUAGAAAAAUAAUCCCUGGUGGAAGGAGACUGAUUUUUUGGAAGAAAUUCUUCUAGUUAUAAAAAAGGAAUUGAAAAUGCCGUAACUUAAAAUAGAUGCUUCUAGAUGUUAAGGACAACCCCAGAUCCCAUGGCGGUUCGCGCCUUCCGUUCGGCGGACAGACCUGUGAAGUCAUUUAUCCGACGCUUUAAGUGUCUAUGCAAUUGAGAGUCACAUGUAAAAGUAAAGUGUUUGUAUAUGAGUGAUUUUAUAAUACUGUCAGAAAAUUCUCUGGUGACGAAGUUAGUGAUAUUACCUUUCUUUCAAUAUAUCUCUUUCUGAGUUUUAUGGGUAAUAAAAUGAGUACACUUUGUUUUUAGGUUGGUGAAGGUGAAAAGCUUGUCCGAGCUCUGUUUGCUGUCGCGAGAGAGCUUCAACCAAGUAUUAUAUUUAUUGGUAAGCAAAAACUCCUUAUCACUUCAGACCCUGAAGCCUAGGCCAAUCGUCGAACUUUUCAUGAGACGAAUCAAACUUAGUGAGUUAAGACGUCUGGCACAGUUAAGUUCGUCUGAAUGAGUUUGGAUCGAGCAAAUUGAUAGAAUGUCUCAAGAUCGGCUCCAGGACAAACGUCGAUCUUCACAUGCGACGAAUUACACUAAUAAAGUAAUAAUUUGUACACUGUGUGAUGAUGUAUAUUUAGCUUCAUUCGGGAGAAAAUUUAUUAUGUCCGGCUGAAAUUGUUAUUUUGUCUGAUUCCGUUGAUUGGUUCGACCCGUCAUAAGUUCGACGUCAGACUCGACAGACGAUCUUAACUCAAUUUAGGUCGAAUCAAAUUAGAGUUUGGUUUGUCUCAAGAAAAGUUAGACGUUUGCCUUAGGCCUGAGUAUUCUUCAAAGGCGAUCGGCUGAGUUUUAGUUUUGUGUUCGUUUUGCAUCAUGUUCCCUCUGAUUGAACCCUUCAAUUCUACACACUCGUACUCAGAAGUACGUCAAAUCUAACCGAUUUUUUAAUUGGUGUUGCUGUAGUGCGGUUACUGUAUAAAAAGUACAGGCGAACACAAUCCUAGACGUCUUCAGGCUGGUCGCUUUUUGCGAUUUCUGUUACACAAAGCGCAGACUCCCUUGGGUGGCACACUUUUUUGGUUGUAGAAUUCUCCAAAGGAGUACGUUGCCUUUGGGGGAGAGAAAGAAAUGCAAAUAAAGAAAGGUUUCUUUUCUGUAAAAAUACUGGGUGCGAUGGCUUAGCCCGUGCUCGAUUUUCGAGAUCAGACACGUUAAGACCCACCUCUUCUACAAUCACAGAGCCCAACAUGUACUUCAUCAUGUAAGGUAAUACAAGACACUAUUAUAUGGCUACAAUAGUACGCGCGCUCUGAUUGGCUGUUUCUUGUAAUGACUGGGCAUUACUAGCUAGGUGUCCAAGGCAUAUACAAUCUGUGUUUAACUUGAUAGUGGAAAUCCUUAUGGACAUCCAUGUUAUGAUCAAUUGACAGCUGUCAAAAAGGGUGUCCGCUGACCAGUGUCACCUGACUGUUACAGGGGCCUAAGUGCACAACUUAUUGGGCUGGCGUGUUUUUUAAAGUUACGCGCUGAUCAGUUUGUUUUAAUUGAUCGCAGGCUCAGGUCCAUAAUGAAAAGGCCAUAACAAAAAACUUAUUAAUCUUGUCCGUUCGGCCAUUACAGGGAAAUCUCAGACCGAAGUCUGAGAUUUCCCUGUAAUGACCUUACUAGUGGUUAAUAAGUGGUAUAUCUUAGAUUAUGGGCUCCACGCCGAUGAAUUCCAAAUUCAGGAUACUGGAUUCUGAAUCCCAUCCAGUGGAACGUGGAUUCCACUGAAGCUGAAUUCCGGAUUUCAUAGCCCAGGUUAAGGGUGCCACAAGAGAAAAUUUCCCGGAUUCCGGAAUCUGGAUUACCUUAUUCAUGGGAUGAAUCAUCAUACUCGCUUGCUAAUUUUUUGCCAAACAAGUUACAAACUGUUAGUUAUUGUGAUUUACGUUUUCAGAUGAAGUGGAUUCGUUACUGUGUGAAAGAAAAGAAGGUGAACAGGAACAUAGCAGAAGAAUGAAAACAGAAUUUCUAGUCUCCUUUGAUGGGGUUAGUGCAAAAACUUCAUUGUAGAUAUGGUACAAGUAUACGAGCUUUAAUUCCGCCUAACACUAUCUACGAGCGUGGGGCUACGGGCUUGAAUCUUGCAGCCUGCAGGAUAUUUCUAACUGGGGCAGCACAAUUCUUUUAGCACUUGAAGGCCAAGACUGGUUUUUCCAACCGCGAUUAAUUUUCUCGUAAGUGUUUUUAAAAGGGUUGAAAAUUUGAGUUUCGUAAUUCUCAAGUCAAAACUGCAAGUACAGUACUAGUUUUGGGGUCUAAUUUGCGUCCUUUAAUCAGGGCUGAUACAGUCUAAUCCAAGGGCUGAACUGAGCCCUAGCGUGAGCUAAAGUAGGCAUUUGAUAUUGCUGUAUUCUCAGAUUGUGCUCAAAUGGCUCUUUGUCGACUAGCCUGUGUACAGCCGCCCCUCACCUCAUAAAAAUCGGAAAGGAGCUCCUUUCCGAUUUUUUUGAGGUGAGGGGCGGCUGUACACAGGCUAUUUGUCGACUGGCUGAAUCAGAUUUUUGCCUGCGGGCUUAAUUGGCUCUCUUUUUUAUUUAGGUAAUUGCUGAUCCUAAUGAGAGAAUAUUAGUGAUGGGAGCUACUAACAGACCACAAGAAUUAGACGAUGCAGCUCUCAGGUAGGUCUAUCAAGGAUGCUGGAUACGAACUUUGUAAUUUCACUCUUCUUCACUCAUCCACCCAUCCUACUAAGAUAUUGGACGCAUAAACGCAAUUUUGCGGAUUUCAGAAAUUCGCAAGCUUUUGUGUGCAAAAAUAAAGGCCCUGAGAAUUUCCCCUAAUAAACAAAAUCCAAGACGAAGGCGUUAACUCCCCCGCCUCCCCGUCGCUGAAUCCACAAAUACCUUGGAGUUUCAUUUUCAGAAUUCACGGACUUUCUAAUCUCUAUAUAUUUCUUGGUUACAGGCGAUUUGUAAAAAGAGUAUAUGUACCCCUUCCGGACAAAGAGGUUUGAUCAAAUCUCCGUUGCUUUUUUUGUUCUUAAUGAAUUGCUCUCUUUUUUUCAAUUGCCAUUGUACUCUAAUAAGUGUGGAAUUUUGUCGACCAUGUUGGCAAGAUUCUUUGUUUGUCAUUACGUGAAAAAUAUCAACAAUAGUGCUUCCUCAUUAAAGGAUGCGUUUGCCGAAUAGCAUAUAAGCACCCUUCACAUGUUCACAUGCUUAACCCAAGUUAAACACCAAUCUAGCUUUCGGUCAAAGAAAGAAAAAAAUUCGAGUGAAAAAGAUAUCGUCCAGUCCUUAAAAUGUUUUGCAAGCAGUUAUAAUUAUUUUCUUUAAACAACUUUACUACCUUUUGGAAGCCGUUAAAAGUUGUCAGCGCAGGACCGUAUUUAUGAUCCUAACACGUCGGGGUUACCCGAAAAACAGAAAAAAAACUCUUUAUUUUCGUUUUUAACUCAAGACAAGAAAAGUUCUUCUGUCCAAGCUUCUGGUAAAGCAUCACAACCCUCUAAGCUCAGCGGAAAUGGAGACGUUAUCCAGGUAAGAUGACGUUUUUGUUAUAUCAUGUAUGUACGAAACGGGUAAUGCUGGUUUGCACGUGACGUCACGGCGGCCAUGUUGGUGGUCAAGAGCAAAAGCAUUUUCUCCUCUGGGAACUAAACUCUAUUUUCAUGUAAAAAUUCUCUUGUGCUGACCCCCCAACAUGGCCGCCUUGUCUCGUGGUUGCAAAGGAAAAUGACUUAAUUAAGGCCGUGCUCUAGCAGUGCCAAUUAGACCCUGGCGCCUUACUUUUGUUCUUGGGCCACUAAGAAAUUUUUGUUUUUUAAUUGACCCUUCCACGGAUUUUUUCAACUUUUAACUUCGUCUCGGAUUUGCAUAACUGUCUCGAAUUCUCCCAACCCCUCUCGUGUUUAUAUCAGGCUAUGCAAACACGGAAAACGUUUUCAAUUGCUUUUAUAAAAUAACUUUCCCGAGAAAAAACGAAAAACACUCUGUAUGGCCCUGAUUAAAAGAGAAAUUCUUACCAGUCGCAAAAUCUUGUCCACGAAGUCUUGCACGCGUAAUCAGUUCUUGUUUUGCAAAAAGAUGCUUUGCAAAAUACGGAUUUUUUUCACUUAAAAUGUCAGCUUAAGCGAAGAAAAAUUGACUCACCUUUGUAACGAUUUUCCAUGUUUCAGCCGACGAAGGAAUGGGUAAAUAAAGUAAACUUUUCGAGUUUUGAACUCGAAAACUUUUUCAAAUUCGUGCUUGCGUGAUUAGCCCGCGAAAAGCCAAACAACUUGACGCCACAACCAUGUUUACAUACUCUCAUGUAAACUCUCCCCUCGGCCAAUCAGAGCGCGCGUACUAUCUUUAAUAGACCCUUCCACGGAUUUUUUCCACUUUUAACAUGGGCAAGUUAGGGAAAAUCCGUCGUCACCACCGGAAAGAGCGCCUUAAAAUUAGUAAAACUGCCAGGGCCGGUUGCUCGAAGCCUGGUUAGCGCUAACCGUUGGUUAAGAGGUAUCAAAAUGUAUAGGUUUCCAUGGUAGUUAAUGCUGGUUAGCACUAACCAUGCUUCGAGCAACCCGGGCCAGGUUUGAAAGUGAUACGUCUUAAGAGAUCGAAGAUAUAGCUGUGCAAAGUUGUGAUAAUUUACAGACGUUUGUAUGGUGGGGGGCAAGUUUGUGCCCCCACCCCCACCAUACAGACGUCUGUAAAAUCUCGCAUCUUCGAGGAGCUAUAUCUUCGUUAGUUUUUAACAAAUUACUUUCAAACUUGGCAAUGUCAGCAAUUUUUAAGGCGCUGUUUCCAGUGGUGACGACACAUCUUCCGUAACUUGUCCAUGUCAAAAGUCGAGAAAAAACGUGGAAGGAUCUCAGUACUGAAAUCCUAUGCUGGACACCAGCAUAGAGCAGUGAAUUCUCUUCAAUUUUUCUUAGAGCACAACCUUAAUUUUAAGGCGAAGGGAUGUUGAAGAAAAACGUUGGACUACAGCUCUUCAUUUCUUGACCUUCAUCUAGAUAGCAUGAAGACCUUAGGGACUGUGAUUCUGUUUGUCGUUAACGGCUCCUUUCUUUCUCUACUAUCCUCUAGACAAACCGAAGGUUAUUCUGGAAGUGACCUUACUGCGCUUGCUCGCGAUGCAGCACUUGGACCUAUCCGGGGUGAGAAAUCACUUCAGUAGUUAUUUUGUGCUAAUCUUUGAUUGGACGAUUCAUGAAUGUGAUUAAUAUGGUCUUUUUGUUUCUCAGACCUUCGUCCUGAUCAAAUACAGUCUGUCGAUGCGUCUAAGGUGGGUCAUUACUAUUAAAUCUUACAUUUUUUUGUCAACAAAAACGAAGAGUAUCUUAAAGGUAUGGAAAAACGGGCAACAAAAAACGUACAACUUGUUUUGCAACAUUGCUGCAAACGAGUUGAAUAGCGGUGUUGCGCGUUAUAAAACCUGUCAUGCAACAAAUCAGGUUGUUUACAGGUUUGAACAUGGAUGGUAAAACGCGCAACAUCCGCUAUUCAACUCGUUUUGCAGCAUUGUUGCAAGACAAGUUGCACGUUUUUGUUGCCCGAUUGUCGGUACCUUCCGGAAUCUGGAAAAUUUUUGCUUGUGGAAUCCGGAAUCCGGAAAAAAAUUGGAAUCCGGAAUCCUGGGUUUUGGAAUCCUGAAUUUAAGUAAACAAAUCCGGAAUCCCAAAACGACUGGAAUCCAGAAUCCAAGUUCUACUAUCAAAUCCAGAAUCCACAGCGUGGAAGCCAGAAUCCUAGACUGUCCUGGAUUCCCUUACGCGGGGCGAGACCAGUAGAAAAGGUUUAAUUUAGAAGUCUUGUUUACUGAUGUUAUCAGUAAAAUCAACAAAAAUGAUGGAGCUAUCCAAGGAAACAUACUAUUUGUAGACCCGGUCUGUGAUUAAUUCCCCUUUUUUCAUGAGAACGGUAGGGUCUCAGUCCGGUUCGAAAGUAACUCGCGUCGGGUCAGCUACCGAGACGAUGUCAGUCCGGUCUGAGUUUAUUUUCAGGCCGGUCCCGUGUAAACGCAUGAAAAGAAAUGUGUGAAGACCAAUACGAACUCGUGCCGGUCUGAGUUCGUCCGGGUCUCGGGAAUCAGUCGCCUACUGUGACCGAGAUGGCAUUUGCAGUUACUAUAUUAACUAGACACUCAUUCACUGGUAAACUGUUGGUUCUUUCAGGUGCGGAACAUCCAAUACAACGACUUUAGGAACUCUUUGAAAGUUGUUCGACCCAGUCUUUCGCCACACUCUCUGAAAUUCUUCGAGGAAUGGAACAGUCUCUAUGGUAGCAGUGCUUGAGAAUGGAGUUAUCGAACUGAAAAAAUGGAGAACGUGGAUUGAUAUUCAAAAAUAUCGUCAUUAAGUUAUUUACUCCCAUUGACGAAAGAGUUUUGGCUAUCGAGCAGAGAAAGAAAGGCUAAGAAGACAAAUUUGAAGAGAUGCCUUUCAUGAUCUUUCAUGCUAAACGCCUUGGAGUUUAACUGUAUAAGCAGUUUCUUACGU